GGGCACUUCUCCUCAGACGCUGUGACUGUAUCCAUCGAGGGAAUCUUUCUUACCUACUGGUCUGCUGGAGACUGAAUCAACUAUCUUCUGCUUCGUGCCGGAGGCUCGGAUCAUACCCAAGUUCCUGGGAAGAUUCUAGCAUGGCAACAACUGGUCAACCUUCUUCAGAAAGGAACACCCUGCCUAUCACUAGCAAUGAAAAAAUCGACGGAGACGUUACCACCAUUGGGAGCAUGACGUUCGCCCAAAGCGGCUUCUUGGGAAAGGGUGCCUUAUCUACUGUCUUUCGAGGAAAAUGCGACAAGCGGAAAGAAGUGGCAAUAAAGCGCAUCCAUUACCGCACCGAAGAGGAGCGACUGCUGAUAGAAAAUGAAGUCGACAACCUGUUGAAAGUCGAGGACUAUGAUGUGAAGGUCAUCAGAUACUUUACAACGCAAAGGACUGCCAACUUCUACUAUAUUGCGAUGGAGUUGGCACUGGGUACAGUGGAAGACUACGUGGCGAGGAAACAGGACGUGGCCAAAUCUGGUAUGGACGAGCUUGAUAAUCUCGAUGCGAUCAGCAUUCUCCGAGAUUCAUCCAAUGCACUUGAAUGGCUGCACGAGAAAAGUAUCGUUCAUCGUGACAUCAAGCCGUCCAACCUGAUGCUGGUGAAAAGCAAAAAAGGCGAGAUCGUGACAAAGCUGGCCGAUUUUGGCAUAUCCAAGGAGAUGACAGCUACCAAAAUACAAAUGACCGCUGGCAUCGGUACCCUGGAUUGGAUGGCUCCGGAAGCCCAUACGGGUGGAUAUCAACAGGGAACCGAGAAGACAGCUGACAUCUUUUCGCUCGGAUGUGUCUUCCACUUCAUCAUCUUCUCCGGAAAGCAUCCUUUCGGCGAUCUGUCCGACAGGAUGGCAAACAUCCAACAGGGAAAACCGUGCCUCGCGAACAUUGAAGAUCCCAAAUCAGUGAGCGUAGCGACAAGGCAUCUGAUAGAAGAAAUGCUACAGAUAGAUCCAACAGAAAGGCCAUCGAGUACGUACGUGGUCAACCAUCCGGCUUUGUGGACAACAGAGAAAACGAAGGAGUUUUUUCAGGAUGUCAGCGACCGCAUCAAAGCCGGUAAAGAACUUGGCUCUGCGCUGGAGGAGGCUGUCAAUGAAGAUCUUCCUCUGGCGUUCGUCGAAGAACGAGUCAAACUCACAAAUUGGAAGAACGCAGUCGACACCACUCUGGACAAGGGGGCUUUCAAAAGCUACCCCGAGACCACGGCAGGCCUUCUUAGGUUAAUAAGAAACAAGGUUCACCACUUCGAUGAAAUUCCUGAGGAGGGAAAAGAGAAGGCUGGCAACGACACGAAUGGAAUGGUCAACUACAUCACUGGCGAGAUCCCGACACUUCUUCUGCACGUGUGGCUGGCAGUAGCAAGCAUCAGCAGCGAUUUGAACACCUUGAGUCGCUUCUACACGGAGUCAAGACCUCCAAAGAAGCUGGUGCCACAAGGGCAGAAGGAGGGCGUCGAGAUGCAGGUAUCGCUACAGAAGGUACAGGUGCGCGAACAUCAGGACCGGCUGAACCAGGCGGACAUCAGGCUGAACCGGGCGCUGGCCGACCAGAAGAGGGCGGAGGAUGACCUGAAGGAAUCGCGCGCCAUUAAUACGGCCACGGAGACAAGGCUGCGCGAGACUAAAGCGCGCAAUGACCACCUCAUCAGCAAAACCAGCGACCUGGAGCAGACCAACGCCUCACUGAAGAAGCGUUUGCACGAAAUGGAGCGCACACUGGAUCACGAGCGGUCGUCGAGCAAGGACAAAGAUGAGGAGAUAAAAAGUCAACAGGAGGAGAUGCAGCAGCAAAAGGAGAAGCAACAGGCUCUGAUGAACACCAAAGUUGCACUAGAUGCGGAGAUAUCUGCCUUUAACAAGCUGCUCGAGUCUAGGAAUACCAGCAUAAAGAAGCUAUGUUUCCCGCCGGGCCUGAGCGAGAAAUCGCUGACAAACAUCCUGCAGAAUUCCGAGGGUAUGGAGGAACUGACCGUGACUGCACCCUCCGACUCAACGGGGCAGUGGGUGCGACUACUUCCACCGUCCUUGGGGAAACUGGACGUUUUCGGACCGGGGGAGACGGGGGAGCCGGAGACACUGGGAAGACGGCCCGACCAUGGGCUGGUGGUCGUCAUAAAACGGGCGGGAGAUGACGUCAUCAACCAGCUGGCCAAGGAGCUGGGACCACGGGUUACCAAGCUGGGCAUGUUCUACUGCCCGCGUGUCACUGCCGGAGCCCUACAGGGACUGCUGUCCGCCCUCACCGGCCUGGAAGACGUCACACUUGGCCGCUCUCUGUCCGGCGCCAUCACUGACGCCUCACUGGCUGCCCUCCACGGCUGCUCCCAGCUGCGUAAAAUGCAGCUGGGACGAGGCAGUGGACUAUGUACUUAUAUACCGGUCACAGCGGUCAGCAGACUGGUGGUCACCUGUCGGAAACUGGAGGCGCUGCUCUUUAACGCAACGGAGGAGCUCACUCAGACGGUCCUGGACGCCCUGGUCCGGGCAGACCUGGGGAAAAGAGAUGACGGCACGCCGAGAACACUGAGGUUCUGGGUCCUAGAACCUGCCUAUGGGAAGCUGAGACAGAGGUCCACCAGCAGCAUCAAAGUAUUGAAGGUUAUCUAGAAGUAUCACUCAAAAAUACCUCGGCGACUCAGAAUGCGCCUACAGCAGUCAUCCUCAGCUCGUUCCCCCUUCUGAUUGCCUCAGCACAAGGCUCCGACGUACCGGACAAAUGGGACGACAGUCUGCCGGGCUUCAUCACCAACUGGGAGCCGGUGAAGCUGCGCUCCUUCAGCACCGGGUGGACACGGUGGGGUCGAACACAAUGCUUGCUCGUUCCUACUACGCUGCUUCUGCUUAUGCGUCUCCUGUAUCAUGUAUGAUAAGAAACAAUGACGUGAUAGUUCGGUGAAAAUCAUUCAAAUGAUGUGAGCAAUUGUAGCGAUUGUGUGACUUAGGGAAUAAAAAUAUGGAUAAGAUGCACAGUUAGAUGAUCGUCAAUGUUGCCUUAUCCAGUCCCGGCUUGUCGAAAUAUAUCAGCAACCUAAUUAUGGUACCGAGUUUGUAGAAUAGGUACACUUUUCCAAGGCGUUGGUAUAAGACAUUGCUAUACAGAUCCGCUAGGACAGACUGAUCUAACAAAUUGUCAGAGUACCCUGCUCUACGGAAUCGAUAGAAUGAACGCACCAUAUGUCAUUUACCUUUCGAACGACGCCUGUGAAAACUGGAAAGCUAUUAGUGCGCUCAGUGUCUCGUAUCGAUACACGGUGCGGCGGUGUCAACAAACCCGACCGAGGGAUGACUGCCAAGUUUGAGGGCCACCGAACCGCCUGACCUGGGGAUGGGUGACGAUGGCGGGGGGGGGGAGGGGGCGGGGUGAGUGUAGCCGGUGGUUCUCCGCCCCUCACAUUGUCUGUGUAUCGGUACUUUUGUGAGAGACUGUACAUUCACAUGGCGUGUGCUGUGGAAUUUGCUGUUGGGUGUAAAUGUGAUAGAAACUGUUUGACGUGAGAAACAAAUAUAAUAGAAACUGUUUGACGUGAGAAACAAGUGUAAUUAAUUGCUAAGUGCCGAUGUUAUGUACGGCUUUAGGGAUAAGGGAUAGGUAGUGGCUUU